CAACAGAAAGUAUGCCAGCCGGUGCAUAGCCGGUGCGCUCGCAUGGGCAGCCUACCGGACCUGACGGAGCGCUCCCGUCCGACGCCCGUCCGCGCGGCCGUGCGGACCGUGUCCGACCCGCACCGCCACCGGACUGUUAUUACUCCGAUCCCAGUGAGCACAAUAUACAAGAAAGAAUGGCCUUGGAAGAAACAGAAAACUCCUAUCCGAGUAGCGGGCUCCUGCAUCGGGCCCCGCAGACGAGACUCGGCUGCGUCAUCCGUCGGGGCCGCUUCAGUUCGACGACUUCUAGCCCGACAGCCCCCAAAGUUGCCCAAACCCCUAGUCAACAGAUUCACCCUACUUUGUAUAUCAAGUGGCCUCUGUGCGACUGCUCUCCUGCCCUUCACAGCCUUCGCAGGUGCCGAGGCAGGAGCCAUGCCACUCUCAAUCAUGCACACAGCAGCAGCAGUCGUCGCUCCCUUCUCCCCCCUCAUACUCCAAAAGACUGGAACGAGAUUAGUAAUUGCAAUAGCACAUACUCUAGUCUGUGUGCUGUUAACUGCUCACACGGUAGAAACUCCCCUACCAGUUCUACUUGCUUUGUAUGGAAUCUGCGGCGUGUCGUUAUCUCCAAUGUCUUUAGCCCUCUCAGCAUCAGCGACAUCACUCGCCCAAGCGGCAGGCGAUGAAGCGAGAAGAAAAGUGGCGCUUAGAAGAGCAUUAAGAGCGUUAAGAGCAGCUCAGGACCUGGGCCUAGUGUGUGGGUCAUUACUUUUAGGCUUUGCUUUAUUGAUAUGGUCUGAGGAGGUAUCAAGGCCUUCUACUCCGGUACCAACAAAUAUAUCGGUGCCCAGGUGGCCACCGCCUGAAGAGUACUUUUUAGAAGAUGACUAUGAGGAGCGCACUUGCGGGUCAGCUGGCUGUCCAGACAUGCAGACGCUAUCAGGCACAGUGCUAGACGCGGACGGCAGAAUGCUACUGGUAGCCAUGUGGGCAUUCCUGGCACUGCUGUCAGUAGGACUGGGUGUGUACGGCGCGUCCUCUGCGCCGGCGCCGCCACCCGAUGCGCGCUCUGUGUUCGGGGAUCCCAGGACGUUGCUGGGUGUACCCAUGGGUCUGUUUAUAGGACUCCAACAGGGAUUUAUUUAUACAUCGUAUAUUAAGUGGUACGGAGUAUGCGUGGACGGGUGGUGGUGUGCAUGGCGCUCGCUCUGCGGCACAGGAGUGCUGCAGGGCUUAGCCGCCGGCACUCUGUCCAUGGCCGCCGCGCGGGGCAGACGUGGCGCGCUGGCGGCGGGCGGCGGGGCUGCGCACGCGUCGCUAGUACUCGCUUUAUUGCGCUGGAGAGCUGCGAAGACGGAUCUAGCGCUGCCUGCGUUGGCGGCCGCUGCUUGGGGCGCGUGUGCUGCGCUUUGGGAUGUGCUACAGGCUGGCAUCUGCAUCGGCGGCCCCGGCUGGCGGGGAGCAUGGUCGAUGAUCCUAUCCGCGCGGCACUUAGGGCUCGCACUGGCGUGCAUAGCUCGAACCAUGCUGUGUGUUCGGUCACAGCUAGCGGGGCUGGCUGCCGCGUUGCUGGCGGCGUUAGUCACGCAUACCAUGCUGGAGCUUAGGUUGCGACGAGGAGACGCGAACCGCCAAAGAUCCUAGCGAAGACCAACAGCGACGCAACUGGCGGCGCUGGCACCGACCUCAGACGACGUCGAGGAGCACGACGUUCCUGACGUCGCGUGCCACGUCAUCAGUUAACGUCGCUGGCAGAAUGACGCCCAACGUCGGCCGUCAUACGUCGCUGGCGGUCGAGUGACGGCAAACGUCCGUGGCAGUCGAAUGACGGCGAAUGCCGCUGGCAGUCAAAUGACGCGAAACGUCGCUGACAAAAUAUAACGUGUUGUGACACAGACAAUGUUAAAUGUACAGACAAUUUGUCUACUUUUCAAAAGCACUAAACUGUUCUAUAAACGAGUGAGAUCUAUUUACCUUUCUACUACUACUUGAUAAAUAUUUUGUGAAUGUUCUUGUGGCGUAUGACUGGAUUUGUCAAACGCUGACGUCGGUUGUCAUGACAAGUGUCGAAGGUAGAAAGAAUUAUGUAUUAUAUAACAAGCUUUAUAAAUCAUAAUGUACAAAUUAUAUUAUUUAAGACCGACUUCAGCGUUUGGCCCACCAAAACUACUUACAUUAUUUUUAGUUUUUUAUACUUCCAAAUUAAGUUAGUUUAUACACCCUACAAUUUUCUUCAACUCAAUUUACAUAGAAAAAGUGAUAAUUUAUAAUAAGAACCUCUUCACACUGCACAUUACUAUGGUAUCUCAUAAUUUCUAGAAAGCUUUAAUGUAUAGUCAUUAUAAUUAUAUAAUAUUGGAUUACACGACAUACAUA